AUGUCGAACCAGAAAGAGAAAUCAGCAAAGCAGUACGACGCCAUGAGCGAUACUAAGAGCGAACUUGAUGAGUCUUUGGAUGUGCCGCCUCCAUAUGAGCUGCAUUCAUCUGGCACGGUGCUCGCGAGCUCUGCUGCCGUCAAUGAACAUGGAUCCUUGGAUAUUACGUUCUCGUCUAUGGCCCCUGAGGAGGUUAACCGUCUCUUACCUCCUCUGAAACCUUAUCAACCAGAGUCCAUUGCAGAGUCCUCAACUACUCCACAACAGCCUUGUCCUAGACUCAAUGUUGUAAUCCAGGUCGUGGGAAGUCGAGGCGAUGUGCAACCAUUCAUUGCCCUUGGCGUUGCUCUCAAACGGUACGGCCAUCGGGUAAGACUUGCCACUCAUGAUACGUUUGCCGACUUUGUUCGGUCGUCUGGCCUUGAGUUUUACCCGAUUGGAGGAGAUCCUGAAGAUCUAAUGGCUUAUAUGGUCCAGAACCCAGGGCUCAUCCCGUCGAUGCAAAGCCUUCGUGGCGGUGAUAUCGGUCGCAAACGCGUCAUGAUUCGUGAAAUGCUCAAGGGCUGUUGGAAGUCUUGUGUUGAGCCUGAUCCUAUCUCAUCCCAAGCUUUUGUCGCCGAUGCCAUUAUUGCAAACCCGCCAAGUUUCGCUCAUGUUCAUUGUGCUGAGGCCUUGGGUAUUCCGCUUCAUAUCAUGUUCACGAUGCCCUGGACGGCAACACGAUCAUUUCCACAUCCAUUGGCAAAUGUUCAGUCACAAAACAUGGACCCGAAGGCUUCCAACUACCUCAGCUAUGGUGUCGUUGAUUUGAUGACCUGGCAAGGCCUGGGUGACGUGAUAAACGCAUGGAGAGCCAAAUAUCUGGAGCUAGAGCGACUCCCCGCCGCCGUUGGUCCAGAUAUCGUUGAGAUUAUGAAGAUUCCCCAUACCUAUUGCUGGUCGCCAGCUCUUGUUCCCAAGCCAGCCGAUUGGGGUGAUAAUAUUGAUAUAUCUGGUUUCUUCUUGCGCGAUGAGCCUUCUUACACACCACCCAGUGAUCUUGAACGAUUCCUUUCUAAUGGCCCCCAACCAGUUUACAUCGGGUUCGGCAGUAUCGUCAUUGAAGACCCGGCAGAAAUGACAAGAAUCAUCAAAGAGGCUUGCCAACGGGCUGGAGUCAGAGCCAUCAUAUCGAGAGGCUGGAGCAAACUUGGCGGUACCGAGUCUAGCACUGACUCAGUAUUUUAUCUAGGAGAUUGCCCUCAUGAAUGGCUUUUCAAGCGCGUUGCUGCUGUUGUGCACCACGGCGGAGCAGGUACUACGGCAUGCGGUCUUAUCAAUGGACGGCCAACGACCAUCGUUCCAUUUUUCGGCGAUCAACCUUUCUGGGGAGGUGUUGUUGCAUCUAACGGAGCAGGACCACAUCCCAUUGCCUAUCGCAGCCUCUCGGUUGAUAACCUCAGCGAGGCCAUCCGGUUUUGUCUCAGCCCCGAAGCUCGAAACUCAGCAGAGAUUAUAGCAUCUCAGAUGCGUCGGGAGAAGGGCGUCGAACAGGCUGUCAACUCGUUCCAUCGACAUCUUCCUAUGGUUGACAUGUCUUGCAACCUACUCGAACAGCGUGUUGCACGAUGGCGGUACAGUAAAGCCAAAAAAGCCAACCAAAGUCCUAUCCGGGUGUCAGACGAAGCACUCCAGAUCCUACUCCAAUCGAAGAAAGUCAAGAUGGGAGACUUUAAGCUACUUCGGCCCAAGGACUAUCGUAUCGAGAAUCAACGUUGGGAUCCUUUGACCGCCGGGGCUUCCUCGGUCCUGGGCACAAUGACAGAUUUUACGACCUCUCUGGGAGGUACCUUUAUCGACCCUUUUAAAGAAAUGAAACGUGUUCGACAAGAUGGAUCGCAGACUUCUGUAGGAGCAGCAGCGGCGUUAGCGGCCGGUAAAGGAAUGCAGGGCAUGACAACGGCUGUGGUGAAAGGGAGCUUGGUCGAUUUCCCCUUAGCUUUAGCCGAUGGACUUAAGAACGUACCUCGCUUAUACGGAGAAGAGGUUCGAGAUCACGGCCCAGUCACUGAUUGGAAAAGCGGUGGUACAGUCGCAGCCAAGAAUUUUGGCUACGGCUUCUAUGAAGGCAUCACAAAUAUUGUCACUAAACCCAUGAAAGGCGCCAAAGAGGAAGGGACUCUGGGUUUCCUAAAAGGAGUUGGCAAAGGUUCAGUUGAUAUGAUUACAAAGCCAGGCAGUGCAAUGUUUGGGCUACUCGCGUAUCCGGCUCAGGGUAUCUACAAGAGCGCGAAAUCUCAACAGAGAAGCAAUGUCAAGCGGUCAAUGGAAAAAGGCCGUACCGAGACCCUGAAGGCUUCGCAACAUAUUAGUUCUCAAGAUCAGCAUGAGCAGGUUGUCAGGAGGUUUCAAGAACUCAACACAUAG